AUGGAUCAGAACAGUAUUUCUAGUCCCCAUGGGCAGAAGCGCGAUGACUUGAGAGACUUCCUAAAAGAGCUUGAGGUGCUCCGACGGGCUGCUGAAAUUCUUGGAGUUCCAGUUAAAGACAUCAUGGAGCUUCGGAAGAGUCGAAACGAAAGCAGCAACUCACAGUCUGGGAAACAUCUGGUGGGAAGCCAAAUACAUGACCUCGAAUGUUCUCAAGAGUCCGAGGCCAUACCGGAAGUUAGCUCCACGUCAAUACAGCUGACGAAUCUGCACACAACUUCGCCAUCCGCUGUCGGAUUGCUUGAUUCAAUUGACUUUACAAGUCUGGAUGCCUCAAGUCUGACAAGUCUGAUUCCAAUGCCACCUGCAGAUACACUCAUGGAGACCAUGUCGAGAGAACCUUCUGCAGUGCGCGACAUGGAUCUGACGUUCUUAGAUGAAAUGGAUCAAUCAUACUUUGAUCCAUCAAUCCUUUUCGGUCAAGAACCACUCGACUUUGGCACCGACAAUAGCCAAAUAGGACAGCCCACUAGCCAGGGCAUGCUGGAGAUGGAAAGUGAAGUCGCCGAGUAUCGACCGGAGGAUGAACAGACACUGGAGAGUAUUCUUUCCGGUCACUUGGACCCCCAGGCUUCUGAUGGCUCAGAAAAUGCAGAGCAGGGCCAACUUUUCAUGCUAGCUCUGAAUGAAGGUGAGCGCGGCCAGCAACACAACAGCGAUCCAAGCAACUACCUUACAACAACCUUUCCUCCAGCCGAUCUCUCAAGCCAGCCGUCCCAAGGGUCUACCCCAACAAUCCCAGAGAGCUCUGCAUCAGGCAGUAUUGUAAAGUUUCGUGACAUACGCCCCAAAGACCCGCUUGUCACAAACAGAAUCGCAUUAGUUGAAACGGAUCAUCCACCCAAUUCCGCUCCGGCUGCAGUAAUCCUUCGCAAAACGACAGGCCAAAAGAUUCAACGUCGCCGGCCUUUUGAUCUUUGUCAACGACAGGAAACAGGCGAAACUCGGAAGAACAAGGCAUGCAUCCGCUGUCACAUGCAAAGGAUUCGUUGCGUCCCCAACCCUGAAGAUCCUUUCGGAGAUUGCCAAACCUGCGCCAAAGUAAAGGGCCCUACACUAUCCCGGCUACCGUGCCUUCGAUACAAGAUUUCCGAUUCGCAGUUGCUCGACAAAGGGUUACAUCCGCGAUUUAGCUGGACACGGCGUUGGACAAGCAUGAAAAUAUGCGAGAUGGAAGAUUGGGACUGUCCGAUCAUCAAGACCAUCACAUUGACCCAAGACGUUGGAAAUGCCUCGUACAGCCUACAGGUCCGCAAGUUCAUUCCGCAACCUGGCGAUUCACUUGAGAGGACAUGGAACACUGCGGAUGGUGUGAAGGCACACCCUUGCGCCCCAUACGCCCUUGCAAACAUGAGGGAAACAAGCAAGGUGUUUGUGAGUUUCGUUGAUACUCACAUCAAAACGUUCAUCGACCACUAUAUUAGCAAAGAAGACCGGCUUCUUUUUAUGACCUAUCAAAUGGCAUUUGAACACUCGCGCUUAUCGGCGAUCAAGGAUGAGCGAGUACUCCUUCAUUCUGUUUUACGCCUCUGGGUUGGUUCUCGGAUGGAAUCGAAGCAAGAAAGAGUCAGCAGCGAAGAGGUGCUUGGUAUGACGCCUCAGAAUUGGGACCCCACGGCUAGCAAUUACGGAAAGUAUCUCGUCCCUCCAGUUCUACAAGCCCAAAUCGAGAUCCUCACCACGUCCAUGAUCCUCUUGCCUAUGCAGAAGGAAGUACUUAAAAUACUGCAGAGGUUGAUUGAGAAGAACAUGACCAGGUCAUGGUUCACAAUCUACUUGACCAUGUUCAUUUUGCUGCAUAGCUGCUCCAUGUUAACGCGAGCUGAAGGAGUUCGGGCAGCUCGAGAAGGCAAAAUGGGCUCGCAGGCACGAUACUGGAAUCACGAGAUAGUGGAAAAGUUCCACUCUGGCGCAAGGACUAUGCUAGCUUACUUCCACUACUGUAACAAAGGUGGCCAUCCAUUUUCCAUGGACUGGACUCGUCCUGCCAACGUAGCUUUUGCGGAGCUAGGGCCACAACAAGUCCAUUUUAUCAAAGAAACAGUCAAACUGGUUCAAGACAAACGUUCCUAUUUCGAAACUAUUAAGCUGAAAGGAGAGUUUGAGGAUGAUUAUUAUUUCAUUGCGCAACUCUAUGACCUACACUGGAUUCCACUUCACACUGUCUAG